AUGUCUAGCGGAUAUGAACUUCAUCAAAAGCUAAGAACGAAAGCAGUUCGUCAGCUAAAGAAGAAAGAUUACGAAGGUGCGAUAACAAGUUUGUACGAAGGAUCACGUCAACUCUUACAGGAAAAGGAACAAGGAAGUGGUUGUGAUUUAGCUGUAUACCUUUUAGAUGUCUAUCAACAAUCACAAACGCAAAGUACACAAGAAUCCAGAAAAAAGAUCAUUGAUCUAAUCCAAUUGGCCGGGAAUGACUUUUGGCGUAAGAAAGUGAUCGAUGCUGCAAUCAAAUGGUCAAUCGCAGUUACCAAUACACCUUCAGGAGAUGGUCAUUUACGUUUGGCAAUCGCUGAAAUCUUGAGCAAGGAUGGCAGCUUCCAUACCUCAGAACCUCACUACAUCGUCGCUUGCAGCCCUCCUCCCGGCUUGGCAACUGCAGGAGAAUUGUUCCCUGAACAUGCUCCAAAAUCUUUCGCUCUGAUGAUGAUCGAUUGGCUUGCAGCAUACGCAGCUGAAGCAGUCAAAGAGCAUGGAGGAAACGCGGCAACGAUCGAACGAUUGGGCGCCGGUGCUUUCGCUUUGAGAGGUUUAUUACCUCUAUUGCUCUCUCGUGCUCUCACUGCUUCCAGGGCCUACCUUUCCAUCUUUACGUCAAGGCUGGUACAGAAGCAUCCCGAUAUCCUGUUACCCGUUCAGCCGAACCCCAAACCGUUCUCACCACCUGCGGGAAUGACAAAACCUCCAGGAGAUGCACAACAACUCUAUCUCACAGUCAGUCCUGAACUCAACUUUGCACAAAUGACAUUAGCAAUGGCAGCGACCGCAGUUGAGCACAAGAAGAAGACGCAAGGUAGUCGUGUACCCGAUGCAUUGCGUGAUACAUGGAUUGCGGCAGUCCGUCAGUUCCAAAAAGAAACAGGGGAAGAAGAAGGAGAUGAAUAUUUCGAUCAAGUAUUACCGGAUCUAUCCAAGAUUUACUUUGACAUUCAACCUCCUCGUGGUGGAAAUGCAAACUUUAUGCAAGAUAUGCUGGGUUCCUUAAUGGGCGGA